CAAUAUGUAAUGGACUUGUGCUCUAAAAACUCAUAGGCGAUUGUUCGCGUCUGUUUGUGGUCCCAAAGCAGCUAUGGCCUCUGGCCGCUUGCCCCCUGCACUCGCUGUAGCUAGCCCCCACCCCACCGCGCUCUCCCGCGCCGGUCUGGCCGCGCGCGUCUUUGCUGCUCUUGUCAAACACGUCUUCAAUCCGCUGCCCCCUGCCCUGGUAAAAAAAGAGGAAGAAGGAGACGCUGAUGCUAACCGCCGCACUACUCUACUGGUGCGUCUGCUGCGCAUGCGCGGAGCAACAGAUGCUACCCGGCGUACAAACACGCAAGCAGUUCCAGAUCGACGAGGCAUGGCACUACUGGCGGGUCACAGCGACUCUGAACCGAUCACUCACCACGACUCCGAACCGGACCAACGGCACGCCCGGCCAUGGCCCGUGGCCGUGCUCUCAGAAGAAGCCGCGGCGGCGCGGCGGGGGCAGCAAGAGGGCGACGAGCAUCAAGGCGGCGACGGCGACGAGGGCCAACGCCACGAGGAUGCUCUCGUCGACGGUGAGCAGGCACACCUUCCCCAUGGACGGACUCGCAGCCUGGGGAAUGGCGGUGCAGAGGGGCCUUCAGCUGCAAGCGGGCAAGCUCAAGAGCGAUGCCUGGAUGCGCGUCCUUGUCCUUGUUAUAGUUGUUGAAGUAUCUCCGUCUCUCUGGGUCAACUGCUCUUCGAAAGCACUUCUUUUUUUUUUCCUUUGAAGCGUUGCGAUGACAUGCACCAAACAAGCGUCAGUCAGUAUAUUGACUAGUUGGUACAACGGCUGCAAGUAAUGUAAUGUACACUGGGAGUGGGACGUGAAUUGUGAGCUACGAGUCUACGACCACGCAGCAAGUCCUCGGUCUUGUUAGCAUAAGCUUCAAGGUUCUGGUUCAAUACUUCACAGAAUCAUGAGUUCGGUGAUGGCUGCAGAUAUGUCAAAUAAUAGAUUGACCCUGAGUAUGAACAUCCGCACCCUUUUUUUUUAAUGAAGUGGAC